CUGGCCUGAGCUGCCCAUGCACCUUUCAUCUGAGAGCCAACCAUGGGACGCCCAGCUGUCCUCCUCACGGUGGCUCUGGCCAUCCUCCCCACGUGUGGGACUGGGGCCCCUGUCCAACGGCAGCGUAAGUUACUCCUGGUCUCCUUCGAUGGCUUCCGCUGGAACUAUGACCAAGAUGUGGACACCCCCCACCUGGACACGAUGGCUCGAGAAGGAGUGAAAGCUCGGUACAUGACUCCUGCCUUCGUCACCAUGACUAGCCCCUGCCACUUUACCCUGGUCACUGGCAAAUACAUCGAGAACCAUGGAGUGGUUCACAACAUGUUCUAUAACACCACCAGCAAGGUGAGGCUGCCCUACCACGCCACACUCGGCAUCCAGAGGUGGUGGGACAACGGCAGUGUGCCCAUCUGGAUCACAGCCCAGAGGCAGGGCUUAAAAACCGGCUCCUUCUUCUACCCCGGUGGGAACGUCACCUACCAGGGAGAGGCCGUGACCAUGAGCUGGAAGGAAGGCAUCUUGCACAAUUACAAGGAUGAGAAGGAGUGGCGGGAAAACGUGGACACGGUGAUGAAGUGGUUCACGGAGGAGGACUUGGCCCUGGUCACGCUCUACUUCGGGGAACCAGACUCCACGGGCCACAGGUUCGGCCCCGAGUCCCAGGAGAGGAGGGACAUGGUGAAACAGGUGGACAGGACUGUGGGCUACCUCCGGGACAGCAUCCGGCGCCACCAGCUCACGGACAGCCUCGACCUGAUCGUGACGUCGGACCACGGCAUGACGACAGUCCACAAGAAGGCCAGUGACCUCGUGGAGUUCCACAGGUUCCCCAACUUCACCUUCCAGGACAUCGAGUUCGAGCUCUUGGACUACGGGCCCAAUGGGAUGCUGAUCCCCAAGGAAGGGAAGCUGGAGAAGGUGUAUGCAGUCCUCAAGGACGCCCACCCCAGGCUGCACGUGUUCAAGAAGGAGGACUUCCCGAAGAGCUUGCACUACGCCGCUCACCCCAGGAUCACGUCCCUGCUCAUGUACAGUGACCUGGGCUACGUCAUCCAUGGGAGGGUGAGCGUCCAGUUCAACAACGGUGAACACGGCUUCGACAACCGAGACAUGGACAUGAAGACCAUCUUCCGGGCUGUGGGCCCCAGCUUCAAGGCGGGCUUGGAGGUGGAGCCCUUUGAGAGUGUCCACGUGUACGAGCUCAUGUGCCAGCUGCUGGGCAUUGUGCCUGAGCCCAACGAUGGGCACCCGGCCACCCUGCGACCCAUGCUCCGGUCAGGGUCUGCUCCCCACCUCGGCAGAGGGACCCCCUUGACGAUGGCGUUCCUGGGGAUCCUAAUGGUUCUGGCCAAGGUCACGUAACACUAGGCCACUCAGCCAGUUCAGCGAGUGUGACAAUCCAGGCCCGGCUGCGGUUCUGGGGUGGAGGCUCCAGCCACAUGCAUGGGGUCCUGGGCUCAUCCUCAGAAUCAGAAAAAAAAGAAAAAGAAA